UCUGCCGGUGUGACAUGAACGCAUCAUGAGCACGACUACGUCUGACGUCACCCUCAGUGAGCGGCGUCUCCAGGAGAAACGGCAACAAGAUGGGAUUGCUAUCCAUCCUUCGGAAGCUAAAAAGCACACCAGACCAGGAGGUUCGGAUACUGCUGCUGGGUCUGGACAAUGGUGGGAAGACCACCCUGCUCAAACAGCUGGCGUCUGAGGAUAUCAGCCACAUCACCCCCACGCAGGGAUUCAACAUUAAGAGCGUGCAGUCUCAGGGCUUCAAACUCAACGUUUGGGACAUUGGAGGCCAGCGGAAAAUCAGGCCGUACUGGAGAAACUACUUUGAAAACACUGAUGUGCUGAUUUAUGUCAUCGACAGUGCUGACAGAAAGAGGUUUGAGGAAACUGGGCAGGAGUUGGCCGAGCUGCUGGACGAGGAGAAGCUGAGCGGCGUUCCUGUGCUGAUCUUUGCCAACAAACAGGACCUGCUGACCGCGGCUCCGGCCUCAGAGAUCGCUGAGGGACUCAACCUGCACACCAUCCGAGAUCGGAUGUGGCAGAUCCAGUCCUGCUCCGCCCUCACUGGUGAGGGGGUUCAGGAGGGCAUGAACUGGGUCUGCAAGAGCGUCAACUCCAAGAAAAAGUAGCUUUGCCUCUAGUCUACACCUCAGGAGGAGCAGCAGCAGCGUGCACACUGACACACACUACACCCCCUGAGCCUUAGUACGAUGGAGUUACCUGUGAAUGUACACACACACACUCACACACACACACACACA